AUGAAGAAGAGAGGAAAGGAAAACCAGAAGUCUUUACGAAAAGGUCAUCAAGGUGGAGAAAAGUUACCACAGUCAAUCAAUGUCCCUUAUGAUCUAGCGGUCGAGAUACUCUCGAGACUACCGGUGAAAACACUUGCGAGGUUACGAUGUGUAUCGAAGCUAUGGUCAUCUAGUAUCAUUACCGAGGCGAUCAAAACUAGGGCUUUGACUCAGCCACGCCAGCUCGUCGUUUGCUACCACCGGUCGAUCCAAUCUUCAUAUAUCUCCUCGUAUACUUAUCCUCUCAAUGCUAACACAACAUUCGUAGCCGCAGACAGAGGUGGUCUUGCCAUGUCUCCUCCUUGUCGUACACUAUAUCAACGCAGAAGCACCUUCGACUAUGCAUAUGUCCGAGGAUUAAUCUUUUAUUACUCAGACUCUAAGCAGUUUGCGAUAUACAACCCUACCACGAGUCAAAACGUUUUGUUGCCGCGCACAGUGGGAUACCAUAAAGAAAACAAAUCAUUUGAUGGAUUCUCUAGGUAUGAUCCAGUUGCGAACGUAGCCGAGAGCAAGUACUAUCAUGGAUUCUUUGGAUAUGAUCCAGUUAAGGAUCAAUACAAAGUCUUGCGUUUUAUUAAAGGGGCAACAAUAUGCGAUUAUUCUUGUAUGGUUAUAACAUUUAGAGGUCCAAAUAAACAAGAAUGGAGAAAGAUUGAAAUUCAAGAAGAUAUCGCUCCGCCGAGAGGUAAUGGUGUGUGCAUCAAUGGAAUUAUCUAUUACCUAGGAGGCACAUUAACAAGUAGUGUGUUAGUAUUAGGGAGGUUCGACGUUAGGUUUGAGAGAUUUGAUCAUAUCCAGAUGCCCAUAGAUGUGGAGAUGAAUCAGUUGGAGGAGUUGAGUUUAGUAAACUACCAAGGGAAACUAGGAUGCACGUUUUACAGCAAAGAUAGAGCAGAGGUGUGGGUUAUGAAAGAUCAUGGCAGCGAGAAACAUGAAUGGUCUAAGGUUACUAUUGACAUGUCUCUUCCUGAUAUGUUAAAGACUCUUGUAGCUGGUGUCACUCUUGAUGGUGAAAUUGUGAUAAUGCCCAAGACAUUGGAUUCUGCUCAAACGUUGUUAUACGCAUACUUUUACAACCCCAAGGAAAACAAGACUAGAAGAGUUGAGUUUGAAACCAACUUGAAGGGGGAACUAGAAGAAGAAGACGAAGAAGAAGAAGAGGAAGAAGACGAAGAAAUCAGCGACCACCACUGUUUUCUCUUAUAA